AUGUUACAGGGGCAAAGCAAACCACAUGGAAAACAUCAUGCACUGUUAAAGCCCUCGCAUGCUGCCAAGGAAAAGGAUGUUGCCCCAAAGGAGGCCAAUGAGGGGCUGGUUUUACCCACUUUGGUCACGUUUGAGGCCAGCAGUCAGGGACAUGAGGAUGAGGACAUGAGUGCUGAGGACAACGCUAAAGCUAAUGUUAAUGUGAAUAGAGAGGAAGAUGGAUUGGUCAAGGUGACCAAGAGAGGUGAGAAGAGCCUGGCGGUGCUACUGAGUGAAGAAGAAUUAGUAGACCUACUAAAAGAGGAGUCAGAUGAGGAGGAGACAGAGGAGGAGGAAGGGGACGAGGAGACAGAAGUGGCAGACAAGGAGGAGUUGGAUCCAAAGGAGGACACUGAGAUAAUUGAGGAUGAAGGAGAUCAGGAGCAAGGAGCAGAGGACAACUUUGAAAAGGAAGAAGAUUACAAAGAGGUGUCAGAUGCACUGGACGUGAAAGAAGAAGGUGAAGAAGAAGCGGGCACUCAGAAACAGGAAGAUGAGGUGGAGGAGGGGACGUCACUCAAGGGAAAGGAAAAAGAGACCAUCGGUGAUAUAGACCGCCGAGUGCGGCAGGAAAUGGAGGAAACUGAAGGUAGCGCAGAGUCAGAGAUCCCAGUUGAUCUGGACUAUGCUGCUGAUAGUGAUAUUUCACAGCCUUUACAGAGUGAUUCUGCACAGGUACAACCCCACAAUGAUCACAUCUCAAAGCAAAAAGAUUUGGACGCUGAAGAGAAGGAAAAGCAAGCUGGCGAGAAAAGAAUGCUGACUGAUAAGUAUGAACAAAACAUACGAAAUACUGACAAACCAGUGAGUGACGAACAGGCUGAUCGUGACAAGCUCUCAGAAAUGAAAAAUGCCAAGGACAAAUCAUCCUUGUCUGAAUCUCACCAGACAGAUCGACACGAAGAACCAGCUGUCCUCCAAGAGCCAAAGAGCAUCGCAGAUGGCAAUGCAGAAUUUGAAGGGGCACAACUGGCUGAAAGGGGGGAUUCAGAAGAAGAGGAAAAUAAGAAUGACAGUGCAGUUCACACCAGAGGAAAGAUUUGGAAGCAGAAGAAGAACAAAAUGCCAAGGACGCAAUCUCAGCACACAGAUGAAACCUCCCUGAGGCAGGAACAGAGCCAACAGACUUCCCAAGAGUCUGAGGAGCAUACCACUGACAACACAGUCCACAAGGCCAAGAGGAGAAGAGCAGGGAAAUGGACUCCUUCAGUGGGUAUGAAUCCAGUUCAGAUAAGGGCCACGGUGGAUCUCUACCCCAGUGCCAGGCCCCCUCUCGGGGGAGGAAUCCAUGACCCCGAGGCCUCUGUUGACCCAUGUGACAACUUCCGCUGUAAACGUGGAAAGAGCUGUAAACUGGAUGCGGACAGUAAGCCUGCCUGUGUGUGUCAGGAGCCCUCAGAAUGCCCUGCUAGUGUCAACGAUUUUGACCAUGUUUGUGGGACUGACAAUAAUACUUACGACACUUCUUGUGAGCUAUUUGCAACUAAAUGCAAACUGGAGGGCACCAAGAGAGGACAUAGACUUCAUCUUGACUACACUGGGCCAUGCAAACUCAUACCUCCAUGUCUGGAUACAGAGCUGGUCCAGUUCCCUUUACGGAUGAGGGACUGGCUGAAAAAUGUUUUGCUGCAGCUCUAUGAGCAUGACACCAUGUCCCCCGGCUUCCUCACUCCCAAACAGCGUGUCAGAGCAAAGAAAAUCUAUGAGAGUGAGAGACGUCUUCAUGCUGGUGACCACCCCAUUGAACUGCUCGCGCAGGACUUUGAGAAGAACUACAACAUGUACAUCUACCCUGUGCACUGGCAGUUUGCACAAAUGGACCAACACCCUUCUGAUAGAUUCCUGACCCACUCAGAGUUGGCCCCGCUGAGGGUCCCUCUGGUCCCAAUGGAGCACUGCACCUCCCUCUUUUUCCAGGAGUGUGAUGCUGAUAAAGACAAGCUGGUGUCCUUUACAGAGUGGAUCCACUGUUUUGGUAUCAUGGAUGAGGACAUGGAUGUCAAUCUGUUGUUCUGA